AUGGUAAGCAAUCAGCGGCGCCCAUGGACACUCGCCACGGAGAAGUUACGAGGUGCCUCACAAAGUGAGCAUGCAGCAAAACCCGAAAAAGCGGACCUGGUGAAGAAGAUCAAGGCGCGGCUGGCGGCGGUCGACCCCGACAAGGCCAGGGCACUAGGUGGCGUGUUCCUCUUCAACAUCAUCAAAGGAACCAGCGUAUAUUCUUGGACACUAGACCUCAACCAAGUGAAAGUCUACGAAGGAGAACCAGACGAGGAUCCUGACUCCACCUUCACCCUCACCGAGCACUACUUCAAGCAGCUCGUCACCGGCCGAGAAGACGCCAGGGUCAUAAUACAAGCUGGACGCUGUUCCGUCACUGGAGAUAUCAUGAGAGCUAUGCAACUUGAACCUUAUAUUAAGUUAGAAUAG